CUUUGUCCGUACGUCGCUACAAGACCGUCGCUCUGCAUACAAGUGCCGCCUUUCUGGUGACGUCAGUAUGCGGAAGAAAAACACUAGCGUUUGGUCACGUUGUUUCCGUUUCCCUGGCUAUUAAGGCUGGCACAGAUAACUUAGAUGUCCGCUCCACCUGCAGAAGGUCUUGUCCAACAGUGGGAAAGUGAACAGACCCGUCUGAGACAGCAGGUUUUGGACCAUGACACUGAGGACUGGCAGAAGAGUCCAGUCUUCUCGGGACUGGAGAGAGUCGGUGGAGUGGACCUGUCCUUCAUCAAGGGGGACGACACCAGGGCCUGUGCCCAGCUGGUGGUCCUCAGCUACCCAGACUUGAAGCUGUUGUAUGAAGACAGUCGGAUGGUGACUCUGACAGCUCCGUACGUGGCAGGUUUCCUGGCCUUCAGAGAAACUCCUUUCCUGCUAGAAGCUCUGCAGCGACUGCAGCAGAAGCAGCCACGACUUCAACCUCAGGUGGUGUUCGUGGACGGGAAUGGUCUCUUUCACCACAGAGAGUUUGGCCUGGCGUGUCAUCUCGGAGUUCUGUCAGGACUGCCCUGUGUGGGUGUGGCCAAAAACCUGCUGCAGGUGCAGGGCGUGUUCAAAAGUGAGGAGCACCAAUCACAGAUAGCUGCUCUGCAGAAAGGAGGAGACAGCUUCCCGCUCACCUCCGCCUCAGGCAAAGUGCUCGGAAAGGCUCUGAGAAGCUCUGACAAAAGCUUUAAGCCCGUCUACGUGUCUGUGGGCCACAGGAUCAGUCUGGACGCCGCAGUACGACUCACACUUUCCUGCUGCCGCUACAGGGUUCCUGAACCCAUCAGACAGGCCGACUACCGCUCCAGAGAGUACCUUCGCUCACGCUUCCCAGCUGCAGAUUCGGGAAGUGGAGAAUGAGGUCGAUGACAGGAAGCAUCGGCAGAACAUUAACACCGGCAGCUGCGGCUCAGUCCGAAGCGAUGUACAGUUUAUAAGUGUGUGUGUGUGAGUGAGAAUGUGUGCGCGUGUGUUUUUUUUUUAAAUAUAUAAGGGUUUACGAUUUAUAUACACGUCCCGUAAUUAGAGAGACAUUUUUCAAAUCUCAAAUCAAAGCUAAUUCUCUCAGGUUAGGUUCAGUUUCUCAGGCCACAGUUUCACUUUUGAAUGGCUGUGAGCCUGAGGUUCUCAACCUCUUCUACCGUACACGGACGCCAGGUCUUUGGCCCAGAGGCAACGUCUCUGUCAUGGGUGUAGAACCCCAGGGUUCACCUCCUGGGUAAGAUCGAAUCCCAGUUAGGGCGGUUGGUAUCUUCCUUGGACUCACCACCUGCAGGAAGGUUCAGGGAGGUUGGUACGGUGCUGGUAUGGUGCAGUGUGAUUACUGCGACCCAAUAACGGAUAAGCGUAUGAAAAUGGAUGGAUAUUCUCAUUGUACAUAUAGGUACAACAAAAUUUUAAAUGAAUUCUUCCUCAGUUCUACAGAGCAGGACUCGAACCUGCUAUCCACUGAAGACGAGCUCUCUCACCCCAAGCUGUUCAUGUUGCAUGGUUCUUGUAAUGAUAUUUUGAGCAUCGUAAAAUAUAUGCAGUACAAAGGCUACAAAGAACUUUGUAAGUGACGGGCUUUUCAGGCAAACAGUUUCCCGACUUCGGUCAACAGUACUUGUGUUGCCUAAAAGCAUUCUGGGUAGUUCUUGUUAUUCAGGCCAUAAUAAAUAAAACUCAAUGGUUGUUCCCAACAGGAACUUACUGUAUACCAACCAUAUAAGUGUGUAUGUGUAUGAAAGAAAAUACUUUGACUCCCACGUGGUGUUUUAUUCUGCAGUCACUGUCAGAUCAACUGCACUGUUUUUAUCUUCUUACCCCCCGUGUUCCAGCUCCAUGUGGGACAAAGCGGCUCUUUUUAUACACACCGCUGCUCUCAUUACAUUUUUUGGGUCACUCAGCUUUUUACAGCGAGGGCCCUGUGAAUAAAUCACCCAUGGCCCUGUU